AGCACGUGCUUGCGCCAGGUCACUGCCGUGCGUGCCUCUACCGCCCCCGCCGCCCCCGCCAUGGACUCCAGGGUGUGACGCCGCCGAGGGCCACGCCGAGAGGGCUGCUGCAGUGUCCGGUCUAUAAGAUGUCGCUUCGCACGCUGCUGCUGUGUUGCUGUGCUGCCUCCAUGGCGGAGUCGUGGAGGCAGACCAGCGACCCCCGGGACGAGCUGCCGGAACUGCACAUAGCGGGGCUGUUCCACCGCGAGGACUGGCAGGACAUCCUGGCCUUCCGCGCCGCCGUGGACCGCAUCAACAUGGACAAGCUGGUGCUGCCCCACGUGCGCCUCGUGCCCAUCGUGGAGAUCGUGUCCCCGGUGGACAGCUUCAGCACGGGCAAGCGCCUGUGCAACAUCACGCGGCAGGGCGUGUCCGCCGUGUUCGGCCCCAAGAGCUCCGAGACCCUCGGCAUCGUCACGUCCAUCUGCGAGACCCUGGAGAUCCCCCACAUCCUGACACACUGGGAGACGUCGCCGCGGCCCGCCAAGUUCCAGAUCAACAUCCACCCGGACCCCAAGAGCCUGUCCCAGGCGCUGGUGGCGCUGCUGGACGACAUGGCCUGGAGGACCUUCACCAUCAUCUACGAGAACGACGACGGGCUGGUGCGGCUGCAGGAGGUGCUUAAGGUGCACGGGCCGCGUGACAACCCCAUCACGGUGCGCCAGCUCGGGGAGGGCGACGACUACAGGCCACUGCUGAAAGAAAUCCACAACACGUCCGAGUCGCGGCUGGUGCUCGACGUGUCCACCGAGCGCAUCGUGGACCUGUUCCUGCAAGCCAGACAGGUCAAGAUGAUGGGCGACUACACCAGCUACCUAGUCACCUCACUGGAUGCCCACACCCUGAACUUCUCCGUGGUCAACAGCUGGAUAACGGACAAGCGGAACAUCGCCAACAUCACGGGUAUGCGUCUCGUGGACCCCACGUCCAUCGACGUGCAGAACGCCGUGCAGGACUGGGUGUUCAGCGAGAGGCUGCGGGGCAACACCAUCAACAUCACCCCGGAGGAAGUGAAGACGUCCGCCGCGCUGAUGUAUGAUGCCGUGCACAUGUUCGCCAAGUCCCUGCACCGGCUCAACCAGACGGCACCGGAAAUUUACGAAGCCCCGCUGCAGUGCGACGGAUUCCAAAAAUGGGAACACGGCGAGCGGCUCAUCACGUUCAUGAAAAUGACUUACAGCAACCCGGCGAACGAGGAGAGGGGUAUGACGGGGCUCAUCGCGCUGGACCCCAGCGCGGAGUAUCGCCGCACCAACUUCACGCUCACCUUGGUGGAGACCAACUCCAACAACGCGACGGGCACCUGGAACAUGACGGGCAUCCACCUCUUCAGGAGCGUGGAGGAGAUGGAGCGGUCGGAGAAGCAGAAGCUGUCCAAGAAGCUGAUGCGAGUCGUUUCGCGCCUUGGUGCUCCAUAUUUAAUGAAGCUGGACAACUGGACCGAAGACAGCAGAAACGACGGCCUUGAGGGCUAUGCUAUGGACUUGAUCCACGAAAUCUCAUUGAUUUUAAAUUUUAAGUAUGAAUUUUACCUGGUUAAAGACGGGAAGUACGGAAGCUUGAAUCCAACAACCAAACAAUGGGAUGGAAUAAUCAAGGACUUACUCGACAGGAAAGCCGAUCUUGGAAUCUGUGAUCUUACGAUAACGUAUGACCGAGAACGAGCAGUGGACUUUACUAUGCCAUUUAUGAAUUUGGGAAUAUCGAUUUUGUUCAGCAAGCCUCAAGAACCUCCUCCAAAUUUGUUUUCAUUUUUAUCUCCAUUAUCUCUUGAGGUAUGGAUUUACAUGGCCACAGCGUACGUCGGUGUCUCACUCCUCCUCUUCGUGCUUGCAAGAAUUACCCCGUACGAGUGGAGCAACCCUCACCCCUGCAACCAAGAACCCACAGAGCUAGAGAAUACUUUAAACUUGAGCAAUUCUAUCUGGCACAAUAUCGGUUCCAUUAUGCAGCAAGGCUCUGACAUUGCCCCUCAGGCCGUGUCAACGCGCAUGGUGGCCGGAAUGUGGUGGUUCUUCACGCUCAUCAUGAUCUCCUCGUACACCGCCAACCUGGCUGCCUUCCUGACAGUCAACCGCAUGGACGACACGAUCACGAGCGCCAAGGACCUCGCCCAGCAGAACAAGAUCAAAUACGGCUGCAUCGAAGGAGGAUCAACGCAAGCAUUCUUCAAGAAUUCCAACUUCUCCGACUACCAGCGGAUGUGGGCCGCCAUGGAAGCGGCGAGGCCAUCCGUGUUCCCGAAGAGCAACGCCGAGGGAGUGGACCGCGUCCUCAAGAGCAAGCGGAGUUACGCCUACCUCAUGGAGUCGUCGUCCAUCGAGUACGAAGUGGAGAGGCACUGCGAGUUGAUGCAGAUCGGCAACCACAUGGAUUCCAAAGGCUACGGCAUCGCCAUGCCCAUGCAUUCGUGGUACAGAACGCUCAUCUCGGGCGCUGUCUUGAAGCUGCAAGAAUCUGGAAAAUUAGCCGCUCUCAAAGAAAAGUGGUGGAAACAAAUGCAUGGUGGUGGCAAAUGCCAGACGAAGGAGGCAUCUGCUGGCGAGGCGUCGGCAAACGAGCUCGGGCUGGACAACGUCGGUGGUGUCUUCGUCGUUCUCAUCUCCGGAUGUGCCUUCGCCUUCCUCGUGGCCGUACUGGAGUUUAUCCUCAACACUCGCAAAGUGGCGAUCGAGUAUAAGAUAUCACCGAAGGAAGCGCUGCUGAUGGAGUUGAAGUUCGCGCUGCGCUGCCGAGGCACCACGAAGCCUGUCCACCCCAACAGGGAAUCGACGCCCAGCUCGGCCGACACGCAGUCGGUGGUGCAGCUCAACAACUUCAAGCGGCUGGUGGCGAACCCGGACAAAUAGCACGGAGGGGACAGUUCUGAGUGGGCGCUGGAAGUGAGCGCCGAGUACAACCAGGACUGUCCCAAGCACGGCAGGAAGUGGAACGACGCUUCCGUGCAGCUCCACUUUGCCUGAGGCGUCCGGUCGAGGACGUGGCUACCUCCUCGACACGCGCUGGCGCGCCAUGGCGGCCCCCGGGGCUCGCUUCAAAGACUGAUUAAGUAGCCAAGAUCUCACGGUGACCAAAUCAAUAAAAAAAGCAUUAGUCUCCGUUCGAAGAGACACAUGUUCCACAGCCCUAUGUGGAUCCACACAAGCAAGAGUGAAAUUCUUGUUUGUAGUUUGUUUUCUGUAGUUAGAAGACGAUGUUAGUUGACUCCGACUAUGACUGUUGGCUGAAGCCCAAUGUCAGUGUUGUCAAGUAAGAUUUUAAUUUAGUAAUAGGAAAUGUCGUACCUAAAAACUCAUUUAAUGUGUUUUUGCAUGCAUUUGUCUAAUGCUCUUGUGAUAGUAACAUAAAACUGACUGUCCUGUCUAAUUGUAAGAUUCCUCGUUUACUUUUGUGAUCGAACUGCCAGUUACAAUGUGACGAAACAAUGUGUUCUUCUCAGCGCAAAAUGUCAUUGGACGUGUAGUCUCUUAGUCUAGUUAACGUUGCGAUGUAAGUCUCCGAGACGGCGCAGUCAUGUACUUGUUAGACGUGCAAAUAUUGCACGAGUCAAAUUAACCAGUGAAACGAAUUACAAAGUUUUAUUUACCUA